AUGACAGUCAAUCGUGCCUGGAUCUCCAUUCCCUUCUGCUUUCUCUAUGGAACUGCCCUCUCAGGAAACGGCCUGAUUCUCUUUGCCAUUAUCUCUCAGCCCAGCCUCCAUGAACCCAUGUACUAUUUCCUGUCCAUGCUCUCCACCACUGACCUUGGGCUGUCCAUCUCCACCCUGGUCACCAUGUUGGGAAUAUUCUGGUUCAAUGCCACGGAGAUCAGCUUCAAUGCCUGCUUGUCACAGAUGUUCUUCAUUCAGCUGUUCACUGUCAUGGAAUCCUCAGUGCUGUUGGCCAUGGCCUUUGAUCGUUUUGUGGCCAUUUCUAAACCUCUUAGGUAUGCCACCAUUUUAACUGACCUGAAAAUAGCCCAGAUUGGAGUAGCAAUUGUCAGCAGGGGCACACUAAUCCAGGCUCCUUUGGUGGUACUUCUGAAAAGAUUGUCCUUCUGUGGUAGCCAUGUGCUCCAUCACUCAUACUGCUUUCACCCUGACCUGAUAAUGCUUUCUUGCACAGAUACCAGGAUCAACAGUGCAGUUGGUUUGUUUGCCCUGAUACGCACUGCUGGGGUGGACUUCAUUUUCUUCACCCUUUCAUAUGUUUUGAUCAUUAAGACUGUUCUCAGCAUUGCGUCCCCAGAAGAAAGGAAGAAGGCUUUCAGCACAUGUAUCUCCCAUAUUGGGGCUGUGGCUGUAUUCUAUAUCCCAUUGCUUAGUCUGUCCUUUGUCCACAGAUUUGGGAAGCGAGCUCCACCCUAUGUACAUACUCUAAUUGCCAAUGCCUACCUGCUAAUCCCCCCUGUGAUGAACCCCAUUAUUUAUAGUGUGAAGACCAAACAGACACGCCAGGCUGUUGUAAAAGUUCUCAAUCUCAAGGUGCCAAUUAACUUAUAA